CACAGUGCUUUGCGGCGUGCUGUCGGUGCUGUUUGUCCAGCCGUCGCUCCAACAAUGCAGCUUUUAAUGGUGCUGUGUGAGCGGCGCGAGCUGAAAACGCAGCAACACCGCAGGCUUGUCCGGUGGCUGUAGUCGUUCAAAUCCACAACACAACGAGAUUUUCACGGGUUUGACAAACCUGCCCGGUGGCCGUGACUCAGUUUUUCAGGACACCCUGGACUCUUCUGCUGUGGUUUCUGCUUUAACAAGGAAGAGAAGAUUUCAGAAGGCCCCGUCUCUAGAGGAAUUCCUGACAAGGGGCCAGAAAAUGAGCACAACCCAAACAGAAGCACGGAGCUUUCUCACUGACCUGUGAGCAGCCAUGCCCUCCCUGCAGCACCCAUCGAGGGGAACCCCUCUCCACAUACGGGACUGUUUUCUGAAAUAGGUUUUAAAGAAUAGCCGCAAUAGAAAUGACAUUAGUUUGUGUGGGCUAUAAGACAUCAGACUACAUAUUAGAAUUUAGGUGAGGCUGCAUAUCAAGCCAAUAUCCACAGGACGCUUAAGAGAGGGUAAGCAGCCUCAGAUGACCUUUGCAGAAGGACAGAGCUACAGCCCAGCUUUGAUGAUUUAGUAUCCAUCCCGCUGCCUUGCUGACAAGGUCGUAUCAUGGCUGCUGCUGAUCCCCAUAGCAACGGUUCCUUGGUGGGGCGAGGAGCAGACUGAGAGAGCCAACUAUGCAGCGCGGCGGUGGUGGGUUGGGUGCCGGUGGCCAGCCAUGGGUGUUGCGGCGUGUGCGUCUCACCUGGCUCAGUUUCAUGCUCUUCUUCAUCCUGGUCUUUUUCCCGCUCAUCGCCCACUACUACCUCACGACCAUCGACGAAGCCGGCGGUCCCGACAAACGCAUCUUCCCUCCGCGGCCCGGCGGCGAACUGUGCGAGGCCAAACACGUGCAGGACCUAUGCCGAAUCCGCGAGUCGGUCAGCGAGGAGCUGCUGCAGCUGGAGGCCAAGAGGCAGGAGCUCAACGGGGAGAUCGCUCGACUCAACCUGCGCAUCGAGGCCUGCAAACGCAGCAUCGACAGCGCCAAGCAGGAUCUGCUGCAGCUUAAGAACGUUAUCAGCCAAACGGAGCAUUCCUAUAAAGAACUAAUGGCCCAGAACCAGCCCAAGCUAUCGCUACCAGUCAGGCUGCUGCCAGACAAGGAGGACCCAGGACUGCCACCACCCAAGUCUGCACGCUCAUGUCGUCUACGCUCCUGCUUCGACUAUGCGCGCUGCCCUCUUACCUCUGGGUUUCCUGUGUACGUCUAUGACACAGGCUCCUAUCAAUGGGGGGACCAUCUUGACCCCCUGGUGAAGCAGGCUUUUGCAGCAUCGGUUAAGAGCAACAUUUAUAUAACUGAUAACCCCAGCAUUGCCUGUCUGUAUUUGGUACUGGUAGGGGAGCUACAGGAGUCCUCCUCCCCUCUGCCACCUCCUUCAGAGCUGGAGAAGCAACUAAAAGCUCUGCCUUACUGGAGAUCUGAUGGACACAAUCACGUACUGGUGCAUCUCUCUAGAAAGUCCAUGACACAGAACUUCCUCUAUAAUGUGAGCACAGGACGGGCGGCAGUCGCUCAGUCCACCUUCCUGGAGCAGCAGUACCGCGAGGGCUUCGACUUGGUCGUGUCCCCGCUGGUCCACGCCCUCUCAGAGCCAAACUUUUUGGAGGUGCCCCCUCAAGUUCCUGUAAAGAGGAAAUACCUCUUCACCUUCCAGGGCGAGCGGGUGGAGUCGCUGAGGAGCAGCUUACAGGAGGCGCCCCCUCAGUCUUUCGAGGAGGAAAUGGAAGGAGACCCACCAGCGGACUACGAUGAUCGCAUCAUCGGCACCUUAAAGGCGGUGCAGGACAGCCACUUGGAUCAGGUGCUGGUGGAGUUCACCUGCAAGAACCCGCAGCCGAGUUUGCCGACUGAGUGGGCUCUCUGUGGAGAGAGGGAGGACCGGCUGGAGGUCCUCAAGGCUUCUACUUUUGGUUUGGUGAUUGCUCCGGGGGAUGGACAGCUGGUGGCCUCAGCAGGCUGCGGGAUGAGGCUCUUUGAGGCCCUAGAGGUCGGGACCAUCCCAGUCGUGUUGGGGGACCACUCGAGACUCCCAUAUCACCAGUUUAUUCGAUGGAGCGAAGCUGCCAUUAUAGUCCCCAAGCCUCGUGUCACAGAGCUACACUUCCUGCUGCGCAGCCUAUCAGACAAUGACAUGUUGGCGAUGAGGCGGCAGGGCCGCUUCCUGUGGGAGACUUACUUCUCCACCUCGGAGAAUGUUCUGAACACCCUCCUGGCCAGCAUCAGAACCAGCAUCCAGGUUCCUGCUGCUCCCAUCAAAGAAGAACCCGCUCACGAGAUUCCCCACAAGGCAGGGAAGCUGGCUGGAACUGACGCCAACCUGGCGGACAACGGGGAUCUGGAUUUGGGUCCUGUCGAGACGGAGCCCCCAUACGCCUCUCCGCGCUUUCUCCGCAACUUCACAUACACAGCUGCAGACACCUAUAGAUCAUGGAACCGGGCCCCGGGCCCCUUCCACCUGUUCCCUCACACUCCUCUGGACCCCGUGCUGCCCUCUGAAGCCAAAUUCCUCGGCUCAGGUACCGGUUUCAGGCCUAUUGGUGGAGGUACGGGAGGCUCGGGGAAGGAGUUUCAGGCAGCUCUAGGGGGGAACGUGCCCCGAGAACAAUUCACAGUGGUCAUGCUGACUUAUGAGAGGGAGGAGGUGCUGAUGAACUCUCUGGAGAGGCUGAAUGGACUUCCGUACCUCAAUAAGGUAGUGGUGGUGUGGAACUCGCCCAAACCUCCCUCAGAUGACCUGCUGUGGCCCGACAUCGGCCUGCCAAUUGUGGUUGUCCGCACAGAAAAGAACAGCCUCAACAACCGCUUCCUUCCCUGGGACGCAGUGGAAACCGAGGCCAUCCUGUCGAUUGAUGAUGAUGCUCAUCUCCGCCACGAUGAGAUCAUGUUCGGGUUCAGAGUGUGGCGGGAGGCCAGAGACCGCAUCGUGGGUUUCCCCGGGAGGUACCAUGCGUGGGACGUGAACCAUCAGUCCUGGCUCUACAACUCCAACUACUCCUGUGAGCUCUCCAUGGUCCUGACAGGAGCUGCUUUCUUCCAUAAGUACUACGCCUACCUGUACUCCUACGUGAUGCCCCAGGCCAUCAGGGACAUGGUGGACGAGUACAUAAACUGCGAGGACAUCGCCAUGAACUUCCUGGUCUCUCACAUCACCCGAAAACCACCCAUCAAGGUAACGUCUCGCUGGACUUUCCGCUGCCCCGGCUGCCCCCAGGCCCUUUCACACGACGACUCGCAUUUCCACGAACGCCACAAGUGCAUCAACUUCUUCGUCAAGGUGUACGGCUACAUGCCGCUGCUUUACACGCAGUUCCGCGUGGACUCGGUGCUCUUUAAGACUCGUUUGCCCCACGACAAGACCAAGUGCUUCAAAUUCAUUUAGCAUCGGUGGUGGGGGGGGAGCAUAGACUGAAAGGAGUGGAAGUAUUUAAAAGAACAGCAGCUCCCACUGCGAGCAGUGAUGAAGAUGGAUGGAUGGAUGGACUGCCAGAUAAAGGAAGGUUUGGGGUUAGGAUGUUGCCCGGGGCGAGAGAGAGAGAGAGAGACGAGUUAACCUUAAAAGCUGUUGGCUUGGUGGUUCUAAUCCAAAACUCUGCUGAAAAAUUGAAGAGUGGAAGCUGAAAGGGACCACUGCCAACAAAAUAAGCCUUUUCAGUGGAUGUCACUCCUCCUUUUUCGUGUUCUUCUCAAUCAUGCUCAAUCAUCAACCACUACAGAUGUCAUUUGGACCUCUUAACAGCCUGCUGAGGAAAGAGGACGGUGUACAGAAACUCUCCCACGAUUAACUCUACCUGACAAUGGAGCUAUCAGUUACUGAAUCACCGACAGACUGACGUCGGGGCCAGCGGCGACGGCCACUUCUUUUUGUUUGUUUUUCCAUUUUACAGUUACAAACUGUACUUCUUGUACAUGUACAUGAGAGAAGCACUGAUGGUCAGAAGUAUUUUAUUGAACAAUCUUUCUUUUUUAAAAAAAAAAUAAUGUCUAAAUGUGUAAAUCUCUAUGUUGAAUGGACAUUUUCCAGAACCUCUGCCUGUGGGAGAUCAGACUGAUUGGUCUGAGAAAGAGACAGGACCUCAACUGAAGACAGGUUGGCCCAGUCAUGUUUAGUAGUGUUACGUGUUCAAGAAGGAAUUCACUUCAGCGGUCACCAUAAUGCCUCAAAAUCUGUCAUGAAAACCAGCCACCAUUUAGUCAUUUUGUUAUGCUUACAGGAUCGGCGCUCUGACGAGCGUCUCAAACGGCCUGUUUUUUAUGCUUCUAGGGUGUUAACUAAUGUUUGUAAAGUCGGUCCGAGGUUGAAGUAGUCACGUUUAAAUGUAAUAAUAUUAACCAAUCAACGGUCCCUCACUGAAGUGCAACAAAGUCAAGAAACACAGCUGCCAAAAUCAACAAAAAAUAGGUUUGGAUGUCUAAUUAAUUAAUUAAGAUUGUAAUUAUUCAGAAGAUUAAGUGUACGAUUAGGAUUAGGGUUAAACAUGUUUAAAGGGAAUAGCUUGAUAUUUUAGGGAGUAAAAUUAUUUGCUUUCCGGUGGAGAGAUGCAUAAUACCGCUCUCAAAUCUGUCCAAUUAGGUUAGCAUAAAGACAACAAACAGGAAGAAACGGCUAGUAUGGCUCCGUCUAAAGGUACCAAAAUCUGCCUAUCAGCACCUCUGAAGUUCACUUAUAAACAUCUUGUUUGAUUUAUACAUUCAAAUAACAAGGUGUUAAAAGCUGUUUCCCCUGUUUCUAGUGUUUGUGCUAAGCUAAGCUAACUGGCCCCACAAUUCGAUGCUGGUUUCACACCAAACGCAGAGUGAAUUUUUGCGUUUGUGUAAAAAACCAACAAUGUCUGAAUUAGCCACUUUUUCCAGCUUUGUACUUGCUGUCAAAGUACCAAAUAUAUUGGAAAACCAAACAUUGUCAUGUCUGGGUUCAUAACAUAAUCUGACGGUGCACACAGCUCAGUGAAUAUCACAACCUUCUCCACAAACCGUGUCUGGAUGACUGCCACUACAGCAAUAUGAACCCAAAAUAAACAGAUUUUCUCUAACUUAAUUAAAAUAAACUGGUCAAAAGGAUGCCGAAAUAUCUGCGUCAUUGUGCCGAUGUGAAAAAAAAGUCUUAAUUUAUGCUUUGUCAUGUCUGUCUGCAAAACGACGAGAAAACAACUUUUAAAAUGCUUGUUUUCUGAAUGGAGUUUUGAUUGAUCGGGGCUAUGCUAGGCAGUAACAUCUCAACGUUGAUCAGCUAUCGUGAUACACAAAUUGAGUCCAAGUUAAAGAAUUUUUAGUUUAAGUGACACAAAUUUUGCAUAUUGUAUAGAAAGAAAAUUAGAGUUUAUAAUAAUGCACAGAAAUUCUCAUCUAACUCUCCACCAGAGAGCAAAUAAGCAAGUUCUCGAACAUUUUGAACUAUUCCUUUUAUUUUAUAACCACUUCUGGCUUUGCAACAGGAGUAUUAGAUAUGUCCCGCCAUGUUCUUCUCACCCUCCUGUAUAGAACUUUCUCACAUCAGACAGAAACGUCACUUUACAGUGUCGCCAUAUUGGUUUCACUUUGUUUUUGUUUUUGUUUUUUUACCAUUGCUUGAUGAAUGUUUUCUUUGCCAAAUAGGUACGAUGUCUGCUGCUUUACAGCAUUAAGUUGCAGGGUGCACACAGUGUGAAUGGCUGCUAAAGGGAUGCAGUCUGGUACAUCCAUAUCCACUCUGCAUGGAACUUUAGUUGGUUUUUUUCCGGAGUCUUAUCCAUUCGACUUCCCAUCAUGUAUUAUAAAUCCAAAGUCCUUUAUUUGACCACGCUUAAUUCCUGUAAUCUGAACAAAAAGAUCAACCUAAAAAAAUCCCUUUAAAAGAAGAUAGGACUUUUAUGACACAAAAACCUCUUAUAAGUCCAUAUGUUCCUGUAUAUUUAUUGAAGAUAUUAUUAAGAAAAAAGAUUUUUUAAACUGAUAAUGACACAUUCAAUAAAAUUACCAGACAUUGUAGUUUAUUAUUCCUUAUCGCAAAGAGGUCCCAACCUGAUUGAGCCAUCAAUGAGCUUAUUUCACAGCCACGGAAAACUCGCUCGUGCCACUGAAUGCUUGAGGGGGGGGAACUCAGCUGACCUGAGACCACUCAAGCAAACGUGUUUUAUAGACGUCAAGACGACCUGGUGCUUAAGAAGCUCGACCUGUAACAGAAUGUCAUAUAAACUGAGCUUCUGCCACAGUCAAUAAUCUCCCAAGCUGAAUCUGCACCUGCUCCAGCUGCAAAAAUAUUUUAUCGGGCAGCUAAAAGGGACAAAUAAAGAGCCAGAUUUGUAAUUGCAUUUGUGUAAACAGCUGAAACAAAAGCAAAUUUACACUCCAGACUUGAAACUCCAGCCUCGUCUCCUCAGCCCGUCACACCUGAACACUUUUAUUGCAGCUCUGGGGGGGGAGGCCUCGUAAUUACCUGGCUGUCUAAGCCUGUCCCGGGGCAUCGAGGGUCAGCUGGUAUUUUCGCAAGUCUGGUUUCCCUCCCUCCAGAAUAUGUGGCACAGCUGGUUUUCCAUGGCCCAGGGCAGUAUAAAUUUCCCUGUAAGGCCGCAGUCACUCUGCUAGGUGUUAGGAGUAGUGAAACUAUUUGCUCCUGGGUCUGAUCCACCACUUUGGGCGCGGCUCCAGCCACCUGCACCGCUGCUCGCGCUGUGCCAGACUGAUGACUGAUGACAGCGUCAAACAUACCAUUGAAGGCCAGAUUAAUGGAAAUAAAAACUCUCAACAUUGUUAAAACAU